UGGCAUUCCUUGGUUGAACAGCUGUUUAUUACUUCAUCGCUGAAUAAAGCAUUUUUGUGAAACAUAUUUAAAAUGCAAACUUCCCAGUACCUGAAUCAAAUGCAUACUGCAGACAAACUAUCCGAGGAACCAUGGCCAGAAGACGCCACAAUCUAUCAGCCAUUCGAGGCAGAACAAAUUCUGUUGCCGGAGAACGCCAGUUGCCUGGCUGUUAAAGCUUAUCUGAAGAUGUGCAAUUUACCAUUUGGUAUUCGAUCCUGUGCUAAUGCUGAGCAUAUGUCACCCGGUGGACGCAUGACCAAAUUGCCAUUUAUUCGAGCCGGCGCCUUUAUUUUUGCCGAAUUUGAACCGAUUGUUAACUUUGUGGAGCAAAAGGAUAUGGCAAUUGGCAGCUUUUUAGAUGAGGACGCGAAGUCAGAUAUGCGCACAUAUGUUUCGCUUGUGGAGAACAUCUUUACAAUGGCCGAAUUGUACAUAAGCUUCAAGAACGAACGUGUGUACAAAGAGGUAACUGCGCCACGCAAUGGAAUAGUCUUUCCCUGGCCAUUGAGCAUGAUGCAGAACUACAGCAAACGUAACAAUGCGUUGCGUCUGCUGAAAGUUUAUCAGUGGAACGAUUUGGAUAUCGACGAUGUCAUCGAAAAGGUAUCAAAAUGCUGUGAGACGCUGGAAUACAAACUGAGGGAAUCACCCGAUACUCCUUUCUUCUAUGGUGAAAUGCCCUGCGAAUUGGAUGCUAUUGCAUUUGGACAUUUGUUCAGCAUACUGACCACAAGGUUGCCCAACAUGGCGCUGGCACAAACUGUGCAAAAGUUUAAGCAUUUGGUGUCAUUUUGCCGUUUCAUUGAUGAGAAAUACUUUCAGACGAGGUGCCUGCAAGAUUAGUUAUCAAAUGCUUCUGCUCCAUGUUAUAGUUUUUUGUACAUACAUAAAUUUGGCACAGUGAAUCACUAAAAAUGAUCGCAUUUCACAUUAUCUGCAUUUUAAUUUCUUUAGCUUCAGCCAUAAUGCCCAAAAAAACAUGAAGAGAUCCAUUUUAAAUAAUAUUUUAAAACUUUUCUUGCAGCAAAUAAUACAUUGGGAGCAACUAACACAUUUUGAACGCUACAAAGUUGAAUUUUAAAGAAUUAUGUUACGUUAUGAAUAAAUACUAAUACUUUUAAGUAAAUAAAGACUUUUAAUUUA